GUACGGAUGAAUUAAACAAUACUUUUAAUUCCUUGUAUUUCCAGGGUAUCAGCCCACUGGUAUUUCUGUUUCAUCACUUCCUCUGUUUGUUGCCAGAGACUUUGUAAGUCUGUAACUUCACUUUCCCACCUUGUGCAAGAGAGGAAAUCCUGGCUUGAGCCAAGAACUGCAGCAAAGCUAUCAUUUUUUUUUAUUUCUUAUUGUUGAAGUUCCUAAAUAAAGUGUUCAAGAUUUAUUUGACUGCCACCAACUAAACAUUCUUGGACUCAAACACAGAAGAUAGAAUGAGAGAUUAAGAAGAGAAAAUUUAAGAAUGAAAUUCUUCAAAUCAUCUCCAUCACAAUAUACAGAAAGACAAUGCUUCUCCUCCCAAGAGUUCUUCUGGGCCAUUGCUGGUGCCUCCAUCCUACUGCUUAGUGCCUGUUUUAUCACUAAAUGCAUUGUGACAUAUCACAUCUUUCAAUCAUGUGAUGAACAAAAAGAUCAGCCAUAUGAAGAGUUGAUGGAGUUUUCCUGCCACAAAAAUGGAUCAGGACCUACUUUUCUACCAGGUUCAGUCCAGAAUUGCUGUCCAUUAAGAUGGAGACAUUUUCAAUCCAACUGCUAUUUCUUUUCCACUAAUACCUUGACCUGGCCAUUAAGUGUGAAAAACUGUUCAGACAUGGGAGCUCAUCUGGUGGUUAUAAACACUGUGGAAGAGCAAGAGUUUCUUUUCAAUGCAAAACCACGAGCGAGAGAGUUUUAUGUUGGAUUGACAGACCAGGUUGUUGAGGGUCAGUGGAAGUGGGUAGAUGGCACUCCUUUCAACAAAUCUCUGAGCUUCUGGGAUGAAGGAGAGCCUAACAACCUGGCCACAGUUGAGGACUGUGUCACCAUAAGAGACUCUUUAAAUUCAAGAAAAAAUUGGAAUGAUGUGUCCUGUUUCUUCAAUAUGUUUCGGAUUUGUGAAAUGCCAGAAACAAAAUUUUUGAACAUGAAAGUGACUAGGAGCAGGAGACAAAACUUGAAUAAUCAUAUGAGAAGAAGGUUCAAGAGCUUGGACACAGCGGCAAUCCCCAUGUGA